AUGGCUUCCAACAACCACUUCUCACGCGGUGCGACAUACGAAAAGCUAGUGGGAGGUACUAGCACACGUCUCGCCGCUGCUGCGUUAUCCUACCUACCCUUUUCGACAUACACAUCGUCAACCCGCAUCCUCGACUCGGCCUGUGGGCCCGGCAUUGUGACGAAGCUCCUACUUUCCCCAACUCCACACGAUGUCUCUGUCCCGGGACUUCCUCUCUCGCCGCCUCCGCGGGUGACAGGCAUAGACCUGUUGCCCCCUAUGAUCGACCAAUACAACCAGAACAUCGCCAUGUUAGGGUGGAGCACAGCCGAUGCGUACGUGCAAGACUCGGCGGACCUCUCGCGCUUUGGUGACGGCGAGUUCGACGCCGUCGUCAUGAGCCUGGGAAUCUUCGCGCUCAAGGACACCGCAGCUGUCGUGGCUGAGAUUCAUCGGGUACUUAAACCCGGCGGCCAUGCCGUGGUCACCACCUGGAAGACGCGCCGACCGCAGAGCAUCUUUCAGAACGCCGUGGAGGCGAUGAGAUCGCCCCUGUGGACGGCAAGUAUCUGGGAAGGCUGGAGUGAGGGGGAGAAGGGACAGUGGCGAGGGGAGGUUACUAGGCAGUUGUCGGAGCAGGAGAAGGCGACGGCUACCAUCGAGAUGGUUGGGUGGAUUUGCAUCGCGCAGAAGGAAGCUUGA